UCUCUCGAUCUCUAUAUAAACAACCUAGAUCCAACGGGAUGAUUGUACUUUUGUUGGAGAAACAGGCUUUAAUCAAUCAAGUGAUCAGUUGGCUACCAAAAUUUGACGGAGAUAAAAAUUUUACAUUCACUCCUGACAAAGAUUGUCGAACCAAAUGUGGAAAUGUUACAAUUUCCUUCCCCUUCGGGUUAAAACAAGGUUGUUAUCGAGAUGAAUACUUUGCUCUAACAUGCAAUGAGACUUUUCAUCCGCCAGCUCUUCUAUUUCUAGACGAUUAUGUAGUGAACAAAAUUUCAUUGAAGGAAGGGCAACUGGAGUAUAAUCCUGAUCCUCUUCAUUAUUAUAUUCACCUAUCGUCUACGCAUUCACAUUUCACUAUUUACAAUGCUACAAUAAUCAUGACAUGGGUAAUCGCCAAUCAAUCCUGUGAGGAUGCUGCAAAAGAUAAGAGCACCUUCGCAUGUGUCUAUCAAAACAGCUCUUGUUUGGAUGUAAAAAACAAAGGGUACAUAUGCAUAUGCAAAGAUGGCUACGAUGGAAAUCCUUACCUUCCUGAUGGAUGUCAAGAUAUUGAUGAAUGUAAUUCUACUACAAAAGUUUGCACCGGAGAUUGUAUAAAUACAGAAGGAAGUUACAGGUGCACAUGUCCUAGGGGAACAUCUGGUGAUCCUAUUGGAGGAACAUGCCUCCCCGACAGAAGGAUUGCUCUUAUAUUGGGUGUCAUCCUUGGUGCUAGCAUUGGAACAAGUCUCUUGCUCCUCUGUGUAACAUUGGUCAUCGUAGGAAAGAAAUGGAAGCAAAGAAAUCAAAAGAAAAUCAGACAAAGGAAUUUUCAUCAAAAUCAUGGUUUACUGCUUCAACAAUUAAUCUCUACAAGUGACCAUGUUGAUGAGAGAACAAAUAUAUUUUCUCUUGAAGAGAUAGAAAAGGCAACAAACAAUUUUGAUGAAACUCGAAUACUUGGAAGGGGAGGACAUGGUACCGUAUACAAAGGGAUUCUAUCAGAUCAACGAGUUGUUGCCAUAAAAAAGUCAAAGAUGGUUAAAAAAAGUGAGAUUGAUCAAUUCAUAAACGAGGUUGCGGUUCUUUCUCAAAUCAAUCAUAGGAACGUAGUUAAGCUUUAUGGAUGUUGUUUGGAAACUGAAGUUCCUUUGUUGGUUUAUGAAUUUAUCUCCAAUGGAACUCUUUCAGAUCAUCUUCAUGUUUCACAAGGUGAAUCCAAAUUAUCAUGGGAUGAUCGUCUUAGAAUUGUCACAGAAUCUGCCGGAGCACUUGCCUACUUACACUCAGCGGCUUCUAUAUCUAUUUUCCAUAGGGAUGUGAAGUCAUCAAAUAUUCUUUUAGAUGAUACAUUUAAGACGAAGGUAUCAGACUUUGGAGCAUCAAGAUUUAUUCCUCUUGAUCAAACACAUAUAACUACUGCUAUACACGGUACCUUUGGGUACUUGGAUCCGGAGUAUUAUCAAACUAGUCAGUUGACAGAGAAAAGUGAUGUCUAUAGCUUUGGAAUUAUUCUUCUUGAACUUUUAACAGGAAAGAAGCCUAUAUACUCAAUUAAUAUUGAGUCACAACAAAAUCUAGCAAUGAAUUUCUUUCAAGCAAAAAGAGAGAACACAUUGUUUGAUUUGGUAGAAGAACGUGUUUUGCAAGAAGGGACAGAGCCAGAGUUUCUUGAAAUAAGUAGUUUGAUAGAAACAUGCUUGAGUUUGAAAGGUGCAAAAAGGCCUUCAAUGAAGGAAGUUGAGUAUAAAUUGCAAAGUAUGAGAAAGACUAGAAUGAAAAGGAAAGGAGUUUGUAUACCAGAAGGCAACGAGGAAAUUGAAUGUUUACUCACUAUGUCAUCUCAAUCUUCCUCAGAAUUGAUGAAUCACAUAAGUCAAGGAAAUUCUAGGAAUUAUAGCUAUGAGAAGGAGCUCAUGUGGUCACAAAAUUGUGCUAGGUAAUUUGUUUUAUGUAUGUAAGCAUGUGUAAUUUGCAUCUUUUUUGUUAUCUCUUGAACUUUG